UUGAUCAGGAUCAGUACGAACAGUAAUCAGUACUCUACACAAGACGGUUUCGAGAUGGAUUAUCAAUUCCGAUAGAGCUCUCACAGAUUGUGUCAAAGUCGAAGUUACAUUGCGACUGACAGCAACAAGCUGGCCCUUGAAGUUUAUGGGAAAAAUAAAGGAAGUCGUGCACUCAAAAGUUUUAGGGAUUUUGCAUUGACAGCUUACGAUUUAAAUGACUAUUUUAGUAACGCACUGUAGACAGGUUAAUGUGGCAAAAGUAUGCCGGUUUCGUCAACACUUCAGACAAAGUGUGGAUUUUAUGUCGUGUAAUUCAUUAAAACUGUCUUCUUCAAAUAUGAGUAAACGGAAGGUUUUUGUAACUCGUCCAGAUGUACCUGCGGCAGGCUUGAAUAUGUUAAAAGAGCGAUUUGAUGUUAGUACUUGGUCAGAAGAGAGGCCUGUACCCAGAGAAGAACUGGUGAAACAGGUGCAAGGGAAAGAUGCCUUGUUCUGUAUGUUGACUGAUAAGAUCGACAAGGAACUGCUUGAUAAUGCAGGGAAACAUUUAAAGGUCAUAGGGACAAUGUCAGUUGGCUAUGAUCAUAUUGAUGUGGCUGAGGUUCGGUCUCGAGGCAUAAGGAUUGGUUACACUCCAGAUGUCCUGACAGAUGCAGUUGCAGAACUUACUAUUGCACUUCUUCUGGCCACAUCACGGAGACUUUUCGAGGGACAUCAACAGAUUCUUGAUGGGAAGUGGAGUGCCUGGGCUCCAACAUGGAUGUGUGGUGUAGAAUUGAAGCACUCCACAGUUGGUAUAGUAGGAUUUGGGCGAAUUGGACAGGGGGUUGCAAGGAGGCUAAACGGCUUUAGUGUCAACAGGAUACUUUAUUCAGGAAGAUAUGAGAAGCCAGAAGGAAAAGAAAUUGGUGCAACUCAUGUCUCUUUCGAUGAUCUGGUGUCAGAGAGUGAUUUCAUAAUAGUAACCUGUGCUCUCACACCAGAAACCAAAGAAAUGUUUAAUGAUGCUGUCUUUGCCAAGAUGAAACAAAAUGUUAUAUUUAUCAAUACAAGUAGAGGAGGUGUAGUAGACCAGCCUGCCCUGCAGCGAGCCCUUGAGAACAGGACAAUCCUAGCAGCAGGCCUGGAUGUCACCACACCCGAACCCCUGCCUCCUACACACCCUUUGCUUCAACUAAAGAACUGUGUAAUAGUACCGCAUAUUGGAAGUGCCACAACGUGGACCCGUGGUGAGAUGUGUAUCCUUACAGCCCGCAACAUCAUUGCAGCUUUAGAUGACAAACCUAUGCCUGCUGAAGUUUUGUGAAGUAAAACUCUGAAAGGCACUUGCAGCAUGAUUAUACCAGUCAUGCAGAGUAAUGGACACCCCCCACCUGUGAUGACAUAACAGCAGAGCAGCUGUGUCAGGCAACCAUUGUUGUGGUGAAGUAACAGCAUAGGAGCCGCUGCCACUGCUACUGUAACAGGCCAGUAACCCCCCCCCCCCUGUGGUGACGUAACAGGGGACACCACUGUUAACACAAGGCAACAGGGAAUGGUAUAAAAGGCCGGCUGAGUGGUGUGUGAGACAGUGUGUGAUUAGGAGUGACACAGUAUGGAUC